GUAAAACAACAGGCGACGGAAAGCGCGUUUUACAGUGGGUUGUCCUUCUUUUUCUGACUCAGAAUGAAAGUGAAAGUUAAAGCCUCCUUGGUCAUUUACAGAUGUACGACCCAUUUCAGGGAUCACAUCUCCGCGGUGAAGAGGAGCGUGUAAUAUAAAGAAACAUGGCCUCCAGUGGAAUCAUUGUAUUCAUUUUCACUGUCCUCUGCAUCUGUGCAGUUAAGAGUGGUGGAUUUGUGAAAGUGGAAAGCAAAGCUGAAAAUGUGGGACACUAUGGCCAACAGUCACUGCUAGAGUGUGUCGUUAAAACAACAGAAGAUGUAAUUGAUCCAACUAUCCAUGUGGUUGCUUGGAAAAAACUGACCUCUCCAGAAGAUGAAGGUGAUCUCGUGUUGGGUUUUAAUAGAGGGAAAUUGGACCAGCCAAAGCGAGGCUACAAGUUUGCUGAUCCAUUAUGGGACGAGAAGAACAUGAAUGUUUCUCUGCUCAUCACCAACACUGCAGUGGCAGACGAUGGAUAUUACAGUUGCAUGGUGAUCACAGACAGUGGUGAUGACAAAGCGGUCACCACCCUUAAAGUCCAAGCCAGAUACAGUGUCCUGACUGUAUACUCCGAUCCUGAGAAAAUUGUCCCAAAUACAGACAGUACACUGGUCUGUGAGUCUCACGGAGGCUAUCCAAAAGGAACAAUUCGCUGGUUUGAUGAAGAGAAGCAUGACUGGACAAAAAGCUCUGAAAUGAAGCCGAAACAGUUAGACGAUGGUUUGUUUCAACUCACAAGCAGACUCUCUUUGUUGCGAGGAUCCACUUUCCUGAAGUAUACCUGCGUUGUGUACAAUGCCAGUGGAGGCAAAGAGGAUGAGAAAACAUUUGAAAUACCACCACCACAACCAACUCCAGGAGGGUUGAACCAAACCGGACUGUCGGUCGCGACCUCCAAAGUAGCCGCUCCUUUGGUGGUCAUCGGCUCGCUGAUCGUAGGGCUGCUGUUUGCGCUGUUGUUGUACAGAAGGCGAUCUCAAAAGACUCGGAGGAACUCUUCAGCACCCCUUAUGGAUGGUCAUCGUCAGGUUUCUGAAGCUCUACAACAUGUUGAGGAAGGUUGUAACUCUCACGAAGAUGAACCAAUCAAUCAAGACCAGUCUUAAAGAGGCACCUUGUACCAGAUGAAUAUACUGUAAUAAUUUACUGCCAACACUCCCUUGUUUGCUAACUGCAGUCUUCUCUGUACUUUCCUUUUGCAAACAUUUUGUAUAACCAGGAAAAACCCAUAUUACUGUGAUUUAGCAGACGAGCUGUAAGAUCUUUAUUCACACAAGCUCUGCAUUUAAACAAGCAGGUCUUGAGCUCAAGCCAACAUCCUCGCUGAAUCAAGCCAAGAUCAACUAUAAGAGAGGGGGACGUUACAGGCCAAGGGACUUUGAAGGCUCAAAAUGAAACAUCACCAAGAUUUUUCAUAAGAGUUGUUUGGUUGAGGAAAUGUUUAUACAUAAACAAUACAACUUUAUUGAGUCCAUGUAGAAACUGUAGCCUUUGGUAGCCAAUCAGGAGCAGCAUUUCUUCUCACUUCCUCUUCUCAUGUUCUGUCAGGGUUGUAAGGAAAAUACUAAAUCAUGCUUUUGGGAUAGUGGCAAGUUUUUAUAUCUUUCUGUAUGAACAGUAUAUAUAUGUGUGUGUGUGUCUGUGUGUGUUAAGUGGCUCUAACUGAGGUUAGCUGACCUGAUCUUUUCCACUGAUCCAUGUAAUUCAGUAAUUUGUCUGAGAAUUGUAAAUGUGCCAAAAGUUAGCAACAAUUAUUCUUGCUGUUAGCAAAUCCCAUCAAAAAUAAAAAACCACCAGUGUGCUCAUACAGUUUCAAAGUUUUCCAAGUGUAAGCUAUAAAAAUAUUAUGUUUUAUGAAAUAUAUUAAUGCCACUUAGACAAUGAGAUGAGCAGGACUGUUUGUCACUGAACUACUGAAUACACUGGAUGUUUGUCAGAGCAACAUUUCACUGCCUGGAAUGUUGCUCUGACAAACUCUUCACUGUUAUUAUAUCACAAGGAACAGUUGAUUUUUUCCCCCUAGGAUUUGUUGCUAUUUUUUAAGUGUUUUUGUUCAGGAGUUUGUUUUUUUGUGUGUGUGUGUUUUUUUUUUAAAUCGUCGUAUCUCUUUAAGUCUCAUACUCCUCUUAACCCACUGGGAACAGUUUGACGUAGGAAAUUUCAUAUCCUUUUUCUCACCACUGGUAAUUUCAUGUCACAUGAUUAGCACCUGUCACUUGUGAAAUACACGGUAUGUGGUCUCUAAGAGCCAAAUGCACUAUAUUGUUUCUAUUUUUGUUUGAACUGUGACUCUGCUUAUGCAAUUUUUGUCAAGUUCACUGUGAAAUCAAUCCAUACAAACUCUGGUGAUAAAAGUUUAAUUUCAUUCUGUUCAUCAGAUAAGAGCUUGUACAAAAAGUCUUAGGAAGCCUCUGGUACAGUACUGAGAUUAAUCAUUCACCAAAAAGUCAAUAAUUUGCCAUUGAUUUUUUAUGAUGAAAAAACAAAACAAAACAUCAGCUUAAUAAUAAAGCAAUUCUAAUUUAAGCUCUACUUUCAACUUUGAAUCAGAAGAAACACCUAUUACCAAAAAUGUUAAACGAUCACCUGUAAAGUUUUGUAUAUACUGUUUUUAAAUCUGUGAAUUUAUGCUCCAGUUUAGGUGUAUAUAAACCAGUUUAGGUUUAGUUAUCCUUGCUGUGAUCUGUUAACUAGAGAAAGUUUAAGUUUCUUCACAGUUUGCUUUAUUUGAACGACAUCUAUUCAUUAUUGUUUUGUAAUAUGAUUAAAAGUUCUAAAAUGA